AUGGAAGGACAAUACGAAGAUGCCAGCCAGUUCCUGCCAGGAAUCGAGUACCUCCAGCAAUAUGAUCCACUCUGUGAUCCUGAUAUCGACCCUACGCUCCUCCUCUCAGACUCCUCGGACUUGUUGAAUUAUUUCCCUCCCUUGCCAUCCUUGGAUGGUUCGACCGGCGAAGCCGAGGCUCACUCCUGUGAGAAAGAAUUGGAAGAUAUGCGGGCCCGAGUUGACGCUUUGGAGAAAGGUACAUUGGACUAUCUACGGACAUACCUAGCCAGCAUGCAUCCCUGGAUGCUGGAAGUGACGGAAGCAUUGGAUAAACUCGGGCAGGCACCUCAAUCUGCAACGGAGUUGGAGUUUCCCGAGAAGGAUAUCUAA